AUGUGGAUUGAUGAAUCAGAGUAAAGACAAUGCACCUGUCAGAAGUGUGUUGCAGUCCGCUCCCUUCCCAUGCUUAACAAAGUUCAGUUUGUCAGAGUUGGAGACUGCUACAAAUGGAUUUUCGGAUGAAAACCUCAUUGGACGAGGUGGUUCUGUUAGUGUCUAUAAGGGUGUGCUAAAAGAUGGUUUAGUGGUCGCCAUCAAGAGAUGGCGAAGCUCAAUUAUAUUUUCACGGGAUCACCUGUAUGAUGAACUUAAUCUUGUUUCAAAGCUUCAGCACAAAAAUAUAGUUAAACUUCUAGAUAUGGGUACCCAGUCAUACAAACGGUGGCGUGGGCAGAGGACAGAAAAGAUCAAGUUGAAGGGAGGCUAUAGUUUUCGAUCGAAGAGCACAUGCCGAAUGGAAACUUGGAGGAAAAUUUGGAAGGGUUCAGUCUUGAUUGGUUUAACCGCUUCCGCAUAAUCCAGGGGAUAGCACAUGGCCUAAAUUAUCUUCAUGCACGACACAUUGUCCAUUCGGACUUGAAACCAAGCAACAUCCUCUUGGAUUCUCAUAUAAACCCAAAGAUUAGUGAUUUCGGAAUAGCUAGAAUGUUGGAUUAUGGUGAUAUGACCACUCGUGAUGUCAACUGCUUAGCUGGCACGAUGUAAAGGCACUCUCCCCUGAAUAUAUCCAAUAGCCUCUCUUUACUUUUUCCCAGAUUAAUUUUCUUCUGAUAGUUUCCAUUUGUUUCUAACUAUUCAGGGGAUAUAUGCCUCCAGAAUAUAUUAUGGAAGGCAUUUUGUCAACAAAGUAUGAUGUGUACAGUUUUGGUGUCAUCCUUCUAGAGAUCAUUAGCAGUAUGUGCAGCUUUGAACCAGCUCGUCGGCAAGCUUCAGUUGAAUGGGCUUGGGAGGUGCAGCGAGUUGGAUCAAUAAAGGACAUAAAUUUUCUGCCCUUUGUGUGACGCGUCUGAGCACGAGCAGAUGAAAAGAUGCAUGGAGGUAGGACUCUUGUGCACCCAAUUUAAUCCGGCGGACCGCCCCACCAUGGUGGAUGUUCUUGAGAUGCUAAAUGGGAAGCAAGAGGUACCGACCCCAAGGAAGCCACGAUACACCAAAAGAAGGCCCCUCCAAGGUGUGAUGAAUUUUGCGCUAAGCGUACCAAAAGAUGUGAAUCUGUAAAGUUGGAGGAGGGCAUACGGAACAUGUAUAGAUUACCUCUGCGAGUCAUCUCUGGACCAUUUCAUUUUGUCUCCCGUCAUGUGCUUAUGAACGUUCAGUUCGUGUUAUAUAUGCACUGUGCUUGUAAAGCUGUAAGCAUUAUCAUUGUUCUCAGAGACCCCUUUUGUAUUGUGGCUUCACGAGCACCAAGUGUUCACAAGCAACGGCCUUUUUUUUUUUACGAUUUGCGCACAAGGAACACCGAGUGUUCACUGGUGAUCUC